AUGGCCCCUUACGAAGCAUUAUACGGGAGAAAGUGUAGGUCCCCAAUCAGUUGGUUUGAGCUCGGGGAAGCAGAUUUUCUAGGUCCCAAUCUAGUUCAACAAGCGAUUGAAAAGGUUAAGCUUAUUAUAGAUUGGCUUCAUACAGUACAAUGUCGACAGAAAUCUUAUGCAGAUGUUCGCCGACGGAACUUAGAGUUUGAGAUUGGUAGAGUGGCAUACGAGCUUGAUUUGCCUUCAGAAUUGGAAGCAGUUUAUCCUAUAUUUCAUGUUUCUAUGUUGCGGAAGUGCAUUGGAGAUCCUUCACGUAUUAUGCCCAUUGAAAAUAUUUGUAUCGCUGAGGAUUUAUCUUAUUCAGAGGUACCAAUAGCGAUUUUAGACCGGCAAGUAAGAAAGUUUCGAAAUAAAGAUACAGCUUCUGUGAAAGUGUUAUGGAGAAAUAACAACGUCGAGGAAAUGACUUGGGAAGCAGAAGAGGAAAUGAGGAAUGAGUACCCCCAACUGUUUACGACUUAA